GUUGGAUGUGAGCUCCGUCGACCUGCCUCUACUUCCAGAUCGAAGAUGGCGGUCUCUGUGUUCCGCGGCGUGCGGCUGCUCUCUAUCGGAGACGCGAAUGGAGACAUACAGCGACAUUCAGAGCAGCAGCCGCUGCGGCUAGAAGUGAAAACCUCACAAGAUGCUGCCCUCAUCAAUCUCUCCAAUGGAGAGGAGACGAGUGUGUUCAAGUGUUCAGUUUCUCGUGACACAGAGUGCAGCCGCGUAGGGAAGCAGUCGUUCAUCAUCACUCUGGGCUGCAACAGCGUGCUGCUGCAGUUCUCCUCGCCCGCAGACUUUCAGUCCUUUUAUAACCUUCUGAAGAACUGCCGGGGGCAUGCUGGUGAGCACUCCGUCUUCAGUGAAAGAACAGAGGAGUCCUCUGCUGUACAGUAUUUCCAGUUCUACGGCUACCUCUCCCAGCAACAGAACAUGAUGCAGGACUAUGUCCGGACAGGAACCUACCAGCGGGCCAUUCUGCAGAACCACACGGACUUCAAGGACAAGGUGGUUCUGGAUGUGGGCUGCGGAUCAGGAAUCCUGUCCUUCUUUGCGGCCCAGGCUGGAGCCAGGAAGGUGUAUGCAGUGGAGGCCAGCACCAUGGCUCAGCAUGCUGAGGUGCUGGUGAACAGCAACCGCCUGAGUGAGCGGGUGGUGGUGAUCCCCGGGAAGGUGGAGGAGGUGUCACUGCCAGAGCAGGUGGACAUCAUCAUCUCAGAGCCGAUGGGCUACAUGCUGUUCAACGAGCGCAUGCUGGAGAGCUACCUGCACGCCAAGAAGUUCCUCAAACCCAGUGGUAAAAUGUUCCCCACCAUCGGAGAUGUGCACCUGGCUCCCUUCACAGAUGAACAGCUCUACAUGGAGCAGUUCACCAAGGCCAACUUCUGGUAUCAGCCCUCGUUCCACGGCGUUGACCUCUCUGCUCUGCGGGGAGCCGCAGUGGACGAGUACUUCCGCCAGCCCAUUGUGGACACGUUUGAUAUCCGCAUCCUGAUGGCCAAGUCAGUUAAAUACACGGUGAACUUCUUGGAGGCCAAAGAGGAGGAUCUCUACAGGAUAGAGAUUCCUUUCAAGUUCCACAUGAUGCACUCUGGCCUGGUACACGGCCUGGCCUUCUGGUUUGAUGUGGCCUUUAUGGGAUCAGUGAUGACCGUGUGGCUGUCCACAGCCCCCACAGAGCCCCUCACCCACUGGUACCAGGUGCGCUGCCUGCUGCAGUCGCCCCUCUUCGCUAAAGCUGGGGACACGCUGUCCGGCACGGCCAUGCUGGUAGCCAACAAAAGACAAAGCUACGACAUCAGUAUUGUUGCCCAGGUGGACCAGACCGGAUCAAAGUCCAGCAACCUCCUGGACUUGAAGAACCCCUUUUUCAGGUACACAGGCACCACCCCUAACCCCCCUCCUGGCUCACACUACACCUCCCCCUCUGAGAACAUGUGGAACACAGGUGCCACCUACAGUAUGAGUCAGGGGAUGGCUGGAUCAGGGAUGCCAACAGCUUAUGACCUCAGCACAGUCAUUGGAAGCGGCCCAGCAGUGUCUCACAACAACCUCAUCCCUCUAGUAAACACAGGGAUAGUGAACCACACCCACUCGAGGAUGGGCUCCAUCAUGAGCACAGGAAUAGUCCAAGGGGCCACAACAGGCCAGUCGGGCCCCAGCAGCAGCGGUACCUACUAUCCCAUCACCAACCAAUUCACCAUGGGGGGCGCUGCCAUCUCCAUGGCGUCCCCCAUGGUCAUCCCCAGCAACACCAUGCAUUAUGGCAGUUAAAGUGAAGAUCUUGUAAAGACAUAUCGGACCCUCUGUCCCUCCCCGCAUGACAGGAACCCCUCCCCCCUUCACCAUUCACAACCAAAACCAGGAAACCAAAGCUAGUGCUGUGCUGGCGUCCCCUGCCCUGUCCAUCCGUCCACGCCUGUCUUGCUGAAGACUGAGGCGUCCCAGUAGUCCUCCCUGUGGAGCUCCUCCAGUAUCUACCGUUAUCACAGUCCAUCCACAUACUGCUCCUGCUCUGCUCUGUUUUUAACUGUCGGGACCUUUUAAGUUGUUGUCUUCACCAUUCUGUCUAACCCUGACCCCCUCUGCCUUGGGUUCUGUCUUCCUGUUUCCAUGGUGACCCUCGUCUCCGGGCCCACUCAGCAGACCGUCCCAGUCCGGUACUCACCUCCAGCUUGUUUUCUAAUGACAUGCAGCUUCGAGACCUUUAGGAGACGCAUGCUGGUCACCUUCCAUGCUGAGUGAUGCUGUCAGGCCUCUGAACAUGUCUGCUGUUAGCGUUAGCUCUCUGUGCUCUACCACAUGACCAGUCUAUAGAAGCUGGCGGAUCUACAGAUGUUAUUUAAAACCAUAUGAGGUGAAGCUGCUUCAAAUGUUCCUCUAGACUCACCAGGCAGGAACUAAAUAUCUGUAUCAAACCUAAAAGAUUUACCAUGAAGCAAAACCCACAGCAGCGUUGGUGCACUUAAUUUUUAUAUAUCAACCCUAAUAAUCUUCACUGUAGGAAGGAACAGGUUUUUUUUAACCUGCAUUCUUUACUAGCAGCAGCAGGGGGCAGUGUUCAACAACUGUUUUCAUAUAGACUCAAAUGUCAGGUGAUGCUUCUGGUUUUAAACUUAAUUUAAUCUGCUGAUGGUGAACAGAUCAUCUAGAAGGAAACCUUUAAAUUGAUGAAUAGGCUGUUUUGUGAAAUAUCACACAAACUGUUUCCACCUGUGGUGAGUGGGGCUGGAUGGGCAUACGCUGCAAAAACAUAAAGUCUAACCAAGCAUCAUUCUCCAGUUUCUAGUGAACAUAUUUUUGACAGAUUAUUUCACUUAUAACAUGGGAAAAUGUCAUGCUCUAAGUGAAAAAAUCUGUCAGUGGAACUAUUACUUUUUUUAAUCAAUAUUAAGGAAUGAUUGACUUAAAACAAGCUCCUAUAGCUUGCUGAAUAAUUACUUUUAAGUUAAUUUUGUUGUAUGCAAAUGUACAAAAAUAUCUGUACUAGAAACUAGACAUAGAUACUUGGUUAGACUUCGCUUUUGCAGCAUAAGAGCUUGAUGGGUUUGACGAUUAAGGCAUGAAGUUGACCAAACAGUGACAUGGAGCUACAGUCAAAUAGCCAGCUAUAUAUAUAUAGCACUGAAACUUCAUAUCAGUGCUGGUAAACAAAAUCCAAAACAUAAAAAUACAACAACAAAAAAAAACUUGAAAAGAAAGUUCAUAUGGAGGAUGGUUGCACCUCUGAAAGGUUUUAGCCAUUUCACUCAAACACACAUGGAAUAGAAAACUUAACAUAACUGCUUGCUACUGUCCCUAACUUCCACUGGAAGUAUAUAUAUAUAUAUAUAUAUAUAUAUCCUUUAUAUGCAAACAGAUGAGAGAAGUUCUUCUGCUUAAACACUCAGCAUGGAAGGUGAUGAAUGUUUUGCUCUGCUGAAACAUUCAGCCCAGCCUAAGCAUGGGCUCCUUCAUCCUGGCUCUUUGUGAGGAAUCAGCUGGAAGAACGGAGCAUAAGGCAGCGGCCCCUGGAACCUCCUCUGCGUCCCCCACUUCACGUUUACCUGAGACUCAAGUGUCCGGGAGCCGGAGCUCCUCAUCCGUUCACUUCCGUACGAGCAUCAGCAUAUCAUCGUCGUCUAUAGCCUCCACCCACAUCCACUUUUAUCAGGAAAGGAAGGAGAGAGACUGACACUUUUAUGCAUUACUUCUAGUGUCACAACUGUUGGAACUUGAUUUUGCAAGUUUUUAGGAGAGCUUAGGAAAAUGUCUCUUAGUAGGAACUAUUUUUGUUGACUUGAUUUUUUUGUUUGUUUUUUUCCUCUUUCACAAGAAAAGAAAAAAAAGAGAAAAAAAAAAGAAAUUAAAUGUGGAGAUGUUCCAACCCAUCCUGGAAUCCUGGAAUGUUGUAGUGCUUUAGUUCCUUCUUUCCUCUUUGUAAUAUAGACUGUGGACACAAGCGAUGUUUUCCAUGUGCUAGUUAGCCUGUAGUCUUACUGUCCCUCUCAUCAUGGACUCAUGCUCUCUGUAUUCAAAUGGUGGCAUCCACUGUUGAUCAUGGAACAGUGUAAAGGAUUACUGUCAUUUGUGUGUGUUGACCAAUGAGAAAUAACAUGUUUGACGCUGUCUGA